UUUUACCCUUCAACUUGUAUCUACUUGAUCUUUCCAACAACGCUUUGUCAGGAUCAAUUUUCCAUUUCUUGUGUCAUAAGAUGAAUGAGUCAACGCGCAUGAUGCAAAUUCUCAUCCUUAAUAACAACUUUUUGUCAGAAGUUAUACCUAAUUGUUGGAUGAAUUUGAAAGGUUUAAAAGUCCUGAAUUUAGGUAACAAUAGAUUCACGAGUAAGCUUCCAUCUUCUAUUGGGACUUUAAGUUCUCUUGAAUGGUUAAACCUUCGCAAAAACCACUUUUCUGGAACAAUUCUUGUGUCACUCAAAAAUUGUACGCAGAUGGUGUUGCUUGAUUUGGGUGAAAAUGAGUUUGUUGGAAAUCUCAAGGUGUGGGUUGGAGAGAGAUUUUCAAGAAUGAAGAUUCUCAACCUUAGAUCAAAUAAGUUUUCUGGCCAUUUACCAAAAGAACUUUGCAAUCUUCGUUCUCUGCAAAUCUUAGACCUUGCAGAUAACAACUUCUUUGGAACCAUACCAAGAUGCAUCAAUAACUUCAGUGCCAUGAUGAAAAUUAGCUUUAAUGAGGAAAGCGAUAUGACUUAUCAAUCUUCUGGAGAUGUUUUUUCAACAUAUUUGGAGAGUGAACUACUUGUGAAGAAAGGUCACAUGGUUGAAUACAACACAAUUUUGAAGUUCGUGAGAGGUAUAGACCUUUCAAAAAAUAAUUUCUUCGGAUAGAUUCCUAUGGAAGUGACAAAUCUUUUAGAAUUGCAGUCA